GCAAGACGAGGAGCGGGCCGUGCGGCUCGCCAUCUCCACGGGAGACCUUCCCGCCUGGGUUCACUUUCCAGAUACUGAAAGAGCAGAGUGGCUGAAUAAGACAGUGAAACACAUGUGGCCUUUCAUUUGCCAGUUUAUCGAGAAGCUCUUCCGUGAAACAAUAGAGCCUGCAGUGAGAGGAGCAAACAGCCACUUGAGUACUUUCAGCUUCACAAAAAUUGAUAUAGGGCAUCAGCCCAUUAGGAUUAAUGGUGUGAAAGUGUAUACUGAAAAUGUGGAUAAAAGGCAGAUCAUUUUGGAUCUACAAAUCAGUUUUGUUGGAAACUGUGAAAUUGACCUGGAAAUCAAGAGAUACUUCUGUAGAGCUGGUGUGAAGAGUAUACAGAUUCAUGGGACAAUGAGAGUUAUAUUGGAACCUCUGCUUGGUGAUAUGCCCUUAAUUGGAGCACUAUCUUUAUUUUUCCUUAGGAAACCACUUUUGGAAAUUAACUGGACAGGAUUGACCAAUCUUUUGGAUAUUCCAGGACUAAAUGGAUUAUCAGACACUAUAAUACUAGAUAUAAUAUCUAAUUAUCUAGUGCUUCCAAAUCGAAUCACGGUCCCUCUUGUCAGCGAAGUGCAGAUUGCUCAGUUGCGGUUCCCCAUACCAAAGGGUGUACUAAGAAUACACUUCAUUGAAGCUCAGGAUCUUGAGGGAAAAGAUACUUACUUGAAAGGACUCGUUAAGGGAAAAUCUGACCCUUACGGAAUCGUUCGAGUGGGAAAUCAAAUUUUCCAAAGCAAAGUCAUCAAAGAAAAUCUUAAUCCAAAGUGGAAUGAAGUUUAUGAGGCCUUAGUCUAUGAACAUCCAGGACAAGACCUAGAGAUUGAACUCUUUGAUGAAGAUCCAGACAAGGAUGACUUUCUGGGAAGCCUGCUGCUAGACCUAACUGAAGUUGAAAAGGAACGUCACUUAGAUGAGUGGUUUACUUUGGAUGAAGUCUCCAAAGGAAAAUUGCACUUAAAACUCGAAUGGCUCACAUUGAAGCCUACUACUGAGGAUCUUGAUCAGGUGCUAAAAAGUAUUAGAGCUGAUAAAGAUCAAGCCAACGAUGGGCUUUCAUCAGCACUGCUUAUUCUUUAUUUGGAUUCAGCGAGAAAUUUGCCAUCAGGGAAGAAAAUAAACAGCAAUCCAAAUCCCCUUGUCUUAAUGACUGUUGGACAUAAGGCACAAGAAAGUAAGAUCCGCUAUAAGACCAAUGAACCAGUCUGGGAAGAGCAUUUCACUUUUUUUGUUCAUAAUCCUCGACGACAAGAGCUAGAAGUUGAGGUCAAGGAUGAACAACACCAGUGCUCCUUGGGAAAUUUUAAGCUUCCUCUUAACCAGCUCCUUGCAAGUGAAGAUCUAACUAUGCAUCAGAGAUUUCAUCUUAGCAAUUCUGGUCCAAACAGUACUGUAAACAUGAAGAUUGCACUCAGGAUCCUUUCUCUUGAAAAGCGAGAGAGAUCUCCAGAUCACCAACACUCGGCCCAAGUGAAGAGGCCUUCUGUUUCCAAAGACGGGCGGAAAGGUACUUUCAAGCCUCAGGUCCCCAUGUCUCCAGCUGCUGGCUUGAGCAAAGCCCCAACUUCUGCAGGAAUGGAUAUUGAUAAAAGGACUGACGGGGCGGAAACAGGUCUUCCCUCUCAUCCUCCUUCACAGUGGCCAACAGAUCUCAGCAGAAGUUCCUCCAGUCUCCUGACAUCCAAUCUGAGCUGUUCUCCCAGUCACCUUUCAGUCAAAGAACCUACUCCAAGUAUAGCUUCGGACAUCUCUCUGCCCAUUGCCACGCAGGAGCUGCGACAGCGACUGAGGCAACUUGAAAAUGGAACAACGUUGGGACAGUCUCCGUUGGGACAGAUCCAGUUAACAAUUCGUCACAGUUCGCAGAGAAACAAACUUAUGGUGGUGGUGCACACAUGCAGAAAUCUAAUCGCUUUUUCAGAAGAAGGCUCUGACCCCUAUGUUCGAAUGUAUUUAUUGCCAGACAAGAGGAGAUCGGGAAGAAGAAAAACAAGCGUUUCAAAGAAGAACUUGAAUCCAGUGUUUGAUCAGGCAUUUGAUUUCAGUGUUUCGUUGUCUGAUCUACAGAGAAGAACCUUAGAUGUUGCAGUGAAGAACAGUGGAGGUUUCUUGUCCAAAGAUAAAGGUCUGCUUGGUAAGGUAUUGAUACCGCUGGCUUCAGAAGAACUUUCCAAAAAUUGUACUCAGUGGUAUGAUUUGACUGAGGAUGGGACAAGACCACACGUUGCACCUUAGGCAAUCUUGGGUUCCAGAAGCUCCUGUUAGCAUAUCUUUGCCAAUCUUUAUAUAUUUUAUCAGCAUUGUACCAAUAUUAUUUUUUAUAACUCUUAGUUAUUUGGCCCAUCACCACUCCCCAACAGUUUUAUAACACCUUGACAUUUUAUUGUAGACUUAAGUCAGCUUACUUGUAAACCAUUUUUUUUUCAUUUGUUACAGCAAUUUUAAUGUGCAAUAGGGUUUGUAGAGUAAACAUUUGUUUCAAUAGAUCCUGUUAUGGCAUUUCUAUCCUUAAGAAAAGUGGAGUGUCUGUCACUUUUCCUAUCUUAUUAGUGUCUCACCAAGGUGUCUGCCAUGUAAAUAGAUAACUAUUUUUUAAAAUGCAUUUUCCUCAGUGGUAUGAAGGCAGAAGGAAAUGUCAAAGAAAACAAUCUAUUUUCUUUGAAAAAGUAUGAUAUAAAAACCUUAAGACAAUGUCUUGAGAAUAGUCUGGAUAGCAAAAUGGUCUUAAUCAUACUAAUAAUAUGGAUUUAAAGGUUUCUUAUUUUUAAAAAAUGAAAGGUGUUGAUGUAAUGAUCUGUGAUUAAAGGUUUGCAAAAAAGGGAAAUUACAAAAUAUUAACCUUUAAUAUUUAUAUUGAAAUAAAUGUAUUCUUUGAAUUUCAUUCAGAUAAUGCAUAUAAUUCACAAAUGAAGAUAUAUAUAUAUAUAUAUUUAUAUAUAAGAUCAUCAAUACACUGAAAACACAGUAUAUUCAUCCAGGAUAUGAAACUGAAUGCUUCAGUAGUACCAUGUUUUUUCCACUCACCGCUUCUUAUUAAAGGUUUAUUCGCCCCAUCCACAAUGCCAGGAAAUUGCCUAUGCAACAGUAUGCUUAAAAUGUAUAAUGAAUUAGGAUUCGGCAGCCGCUCUGAUAUAACGCUGGUGUGAUGUCACAUUGAUCGCUACGGAUAGGGAACAGUUUAUAACUGGGUUUUUAAGGCAUGUUUACAAUUGGUAUUUUAGAAUGCCAGCCAAUAUGAGCUCACACUAUGGAAACUUCUGGAUUUCUGCUUGAUUCUUUCAGAGUUAUUUCAGUACGAUCAGUACUGGUGCCUGGAGCAGUUCUCUCUUUUGGAUCCAUGCGCGUAAUAGUCGCAUUGCAUUCAUCUGCCACAGCAUUCUUUUUGAAAGUACCAGUUCCAAAGUUGAUUCAUUCACACAUCAUCACUAAGGAAUCUGGCAGUGCAGAAUGGGAGGACAGAGCGUGUGCAAAAGCAGCGCUGAAGCUGAUACACAGUGCUUCUGAAUUACGAUAAUGCAGGAAAGAACAUCAGCGAGUCCUUUAAAAUCAAAUGUAUCUUCUAAUCAGUGUAGCUUUUUCCAUAUGAUUUUUACAGGCCUAGGAAAUGCAAGAACAGUUUCCAAAAAUGGACUUGAUGGUUUGAAUGUGAACAUUUUAUUCACUGUUGCUUUCAGAACAGAAUCAAUGGGGCAUUAAUUAUAUUUAUUCAAAUUUUCUUGAAAACUUCCUCAGAUGGUUUUAAUGAAAAUAUACAUUUUUGUAUUUUAACCCAAGAAAUUGCAUAGUUCCAUGGCAGAUAGUAGCCGCGCACCAUAUUGAUAUAUAUGCAAUUCCUUUCUGAAAAUAAAAUAACACUUUGUCACAACUUUGAGAGUCUUAAGAGUGUCUUCUGGCCACAAAUGAUUUUUAUGGGUGAAUAAAGUUUAAGGAAAUUAGCUUUAUAAUUGAACUUACAAAAUUUUAACUCUGGCUUAGACAGUUUUGAAGAAAUUCUCCACAAGAAGCACUCUUCAUUGGAGCUUGUAUAGAAGAUGUUCCCUUUGCGCCCUAUAAGUAACUACACUACUAAGGAUACCAAAGUGCCUGUAAUAUAUGUAGCAGACUGUUUGUACCACGUUUUAAGAAUCAGUUUUCAUUUAUAUUUCGGUGUGAUGUACACGCACAUGGGUAUGUAUGCUUCUCCUAUGUUUUAUUUUGGAUAUGCCUCGUUAGGCAGACUUUAUAGCAUCAUUCAGACAUUGGCUUCAUACAGAAUAGCAUGACUAACUCUGUGAAAAGUCCGCUUAUCAUAACAGCUUAGGUUCAUGGUCCUCACUUCCUUUUAAAUGACAGAAAUGCAUUUACUGCAUGACAACCUUGAGGGAAAUCUAAGAAGGAAGAACAUGCAAGAGGAAGAACACUCAGCCAUUAACUAUAAUUAUGACAAAUAAACUAUACUUAUGAAAAAUAAAGCUGAAAAAAACCCCAUGAAGUGAAGUCUUACUGAAGAAAACCAAGAGAUCUUCUAACCUUUGCAUUUUGUUGUGGCUUAAAGUGACAUCAGUAAGUAGGAGUAUUGUCUGGUGGCAUUGCUUAAGUAGUAAUUUCUAAAGCUGCAUUUCAACUCUACUAACAAGGGAGAGUGUGGUGAGAAGAGGAGGCUUAUAAUGUCAGCAAAUGUACACAGAAUGAUCCAGCACAAUUGGGCUUCUCUUUGCAAUCAAAAACUGAAAUUGGCAAAGGAAUAAAAGUUUGAGGAAAAAUGAAGGCCACCAGUAACUUGAAGUAAGUAAUUUUUUCUUCCCCACUAUCUACAGCGUUCUUUCCAACAUGGCCACGUCUCUUGCAUGAGGCUAUGUUGUUUUAAAAAAAAAAACUUUCAAAAAAUUGAAUUGAUGCAGUGUGAGAUAUCAUACUGGAGUAGCUGCAGUAAAGCGAUGGAGUUCUCUUGAAAAACUGGACCAAAAUCUGAAUGAUUACUAAAACAUUUUUUCUGCCUUUGGUACAUAGAAGCUGAAUGUAUGAAUAUUCUGUUCACAGUUUAAUGGUGGUUCAUUGAAGAAUGAUGAGGAAAUGAUUGAUGAAUAUGAUGAAGUUCCAAUGAGCAAAUCAAGGACUGAGUAUCAUCAGACUAGAUUUCUGUGUUUUCUAUCCUGUGCCUUAAAAGCUUAAAUAUUUCAUAUAUUGAAAGCCAAGCUUUGUCCUCUGUAUUUAUCCGUCUGUAUGUGGUAUUGAAACUGUUCGGUGCAGUCUUUUGCUACAUUCUGUAUUUAGAGCUGUUGUAAUCUAACCACCAAUGCAGCUGUUAUUUGACUUUUGGAUUUAACAUUCUUCCCUGUUUUGAACCCUCUAUCAGGACUGCAGCAACUGGGGGAAAGAAAAGAAGGAGUAGUUGGUUGACUACAAAUUGCCUUUUUUGCUUAUCUAAUUUUGCUAUUGCAUGUAUUUAUUCAGUAAAUGAUUCAUACGGAACUCA